CAGCUCCGGCAGCAGUGUCCUGUCCUGAUGGUGUUGGCAGUGGAAGCUUUCUGAGGCCCUCACCAGGAGCAGAUAGAUGCUGGUGACAUGCUUCCUGUACAGCCUGCAGAACUAGUAGCACUUGAAGAGUCCAGGUGAUCAAGCAGCCCAAGAGCCCAGAGGUUCUCCUGUUGAGGAAGGCAACUAAAAAAACAUCAUGGAGCUCCGGAACUCCACCUUGGGAAGUGGCUUCAUCUUGGUAGGGAUUCUGAAUGACAGUGGGUCUCCUGAACUGCUCUGUGCUACAAUUACAAUCCUAUACAUGUUGGCCCUGACCAGCAAUGGCCUGCUGCUCCUGGCCAUCACCAUGGAAGCCCGGCUCCAUGUGCCCAUGUACCUCCUGCUUGGGCAGCUCUCUCUCAUGGACCUCCUGUUCACAUCUGUUGUCACUCCCAAGGCCCUUGCAGACUUUCUGCGCAGAGAAAACACCAUCUCCUUUGGAGGCUGUGCCCUUCAGAUGCUCCUGGCACUGACAAUGGGUAGUGCUGAGGACCUCCUACUGGCUUUCAUGGCCUAUGACAGGUAUGUGGCCAUUUGUCAUCCUCUGAAAUACACAACCCUCAUGAGCCCAAGAGUUUGCUGGAUCAUGGUGGCCACAUCCUGGAUCCUGGCAUCCCUGAUUGCUAUAGGACAUACCAUUUACACUAUGCACCUCCCUUUCUGCAUGUCCUGGGAAAUCAGGCAUCUGCUUUGUGAGAUCCCACCCUUGCUGAAGUUGGCCUGUGCUGAUACCUCCAGGUAUGAGCUUGUAAUAUACGUGACAGGUGUGACUUUCCUCUUGCUCCCCAUUUCUGCCAUUGUGGCCUCAUACACACUAGUCCUGUUCACUGUGCUUCAUAUGCCGUCAAAUGAGGGAAGGAAGAAAGCCCUUGUCACCUGCUCUUCCCACCUGAUUGUGGUAGGGAUGUUCUAUGGAGCUGCCACAUUCAUGUAUGUCUUGCCCAGUUCCUUCCACAGCCCCAAACAAGACAACAUCAUCUCUGUUUUCUACACAAUUGUCACUCCAGCCCUGAAUCCGCUCAUCUACAGCCUGAGGAAUAAGGAAGUCAUGGGGGCCUUGAGGAGGGUCCUGGGAAAAUACAUGCUGCUGGCACAUUCCACACUCUAGGGAAGGAUCAUGGCUUGCCUCUCACCAUUCCUCCUUCAAAUAAAAUUCUCUACUCACUCAUUCCUGCUCCAAAUAAAAUUCUCUACUCACUCAUUCUUC